UCAUAUAGCAAGCUGAUAAAUACUUGCGAAUAAAUCACUUUUAAUUAUGCUUGAUCAGAAAGUCAUUGUCAGCAAUGUAUUUCCUUUGCUGAUGAUGCGUUCCAGUAAAACUUAAUAUCGUUAAAUCAAUCGGAGUCACAUUUGUGUCCGUUUCUACUGUUCGUUUUCGUUAUGAUCACCUCAGGAAAGAUUCGCUUUGUUCUAGGAAUUAGUGUCUUUUACUUUCUCUUACCUGAUGUUUCGUGCUCCUGGAAUUUAACAUCACUAAACAUAUGGGAUGAUGUUCUAAUUUGGAGAUUUGCUGUGUGGAAAAAUCGCGCUUUUCUGGCAAUUCCCAGGUCGACAGAUGAAGAGAAAAAGGCGUACAGGCCAACCUUAGUGGAAGUUCCUUGGCCUGAACUUAAUUCUAAUUUGCCAAUUAGCGUUGCAAAUGCAGCAAUUGUGCCUUUCUCUAAGAGUGGACCAUCAAAGCGCAAUUAUGAAGCUCUUGUAUCUGUAACUGGAUUAGACACGGAUGCUCGUGGGCGAUUAUGGGUUCUGGACGCACCCGAAGAAUACAAUCGCUGGCCUCGGAUCGUCAUUUAUGAUUUAAAACGGAACGAUCGAUUGGUAUCGUCCACCGAACUGAUUAAUGUAUCUGCAAAACGUUUAAAAUCUCUCGUGAUUGAUCCGUUUGAAGAUCAAUGGGGAUUUCGUGCAUACAUUGCGGAUGCCGGUGACGAGACAAUCAUUAUUUAUAGCCUGGGACAAGACAAAUGGUGGAAACUGAGAAUGUUACACGGACCCGAAAUUCCUCGCGUGCAAGCCACCGACCUCGCUAUUUCUCGGAAAAAUUCAAUUUUAUACAUGACAGGGCAAAAUACGCAUAAUCUAUUUAGUAUAAACUUGGAGAAAGUCAGAACGGAUGAAAUACCGUGGAAAGAAUCUUCUGGAAUACAGAAUAUAACAGUGACUUGGCUUGGAAAAAAAUUGGGUUUAUCCACGGGCCUGUUCUGCGACUUAAAAGACGGACUGCACUAUUUUAUGACGUCAGAGAAAGCCAGCGUGCGAUGGGAUACGAAAUUUCCUUUAGAUGCGGAGAGUCAUUCGGUCCUGAUGCAAAACGAUAAUGUUCCAUGUAUAACAGAUUACAAAAUGGAUGCACGGAGAAAUGUAUGGGGUUUAGUGAAUUCAGAAUGCUCUGAUAUAAUGAAGAAAAACAUUGCGAACAAAUCAAUACUUAAAUUUAGAACAGUAAACAUUGUAAAGUACUCAUUCAUAUGAUAAGUGCAGUAACUGUAUUUCCAAUUUUUGCAUAACAUCUGACUAGAAAUUUUUUGAAGAAUUAUGUUUGUCCUAAGGCAUUAUAUAAUUU